AUUGGCGUAGUGGGUGGUCUCGCAAUCGUGGGCGUGUACCCAAGCCUUUCCAAAAACCUUUUACCUUUGGUUUGAGCUUUUAGACGGAGAAGUGACUUGGAGGAGCAUCGUUGCUCCCAUUUUGCUCCACAGCUCCCCUUCCCAAAGCACACUUUGUUGUGUGACUGGAGAGUAAUUUAUUAUCUCACUGCAAAGUGGAUGUUCACAGGUAACCUAUGAUUUAUGCCAUGAGGCGAACAGGCAUAUAAAAGGAACCGCGCGACAAACAUCCACUGAUCCGUUAUUUGACAUCUGGACUUCAUGAGAUGAGCUGCACAUGGACAUCUAGACUGACGUUAAUGGAUCACUCGGUGCUGGUGGGAGGUUAACUUGACAAGUGCGCUGCAUCCUCAUCGGGCUAUGAUUCAUUAUGGGAAUAUCUGACAUGGCAAGGAUACUGUCCAUCCUCACCAAAAUCAUGCUUCUUAACAUUUUUGCGUUCAUUCUCUUUAAAGGUGUCUUGACGUCCGACGACUCGGUCACAUCCGAGGUCAACCCCGGGAGUCUUCCAGUCUCCAGCCGGGCGUCUGGCUCCGGGAGAGCCACGGAUACACUGUCUGAGGCAGCGGAGGCUAAGUCCAGACCCAAACGCUGUACCUGUUAUUCUUACAAGGAUAAAGAAUGCGUGUACUACUGCCACUUGGAUAUCAUCUGGAUCAACACUCCCGAACGCACUGUGCCCUAUGGAAUGUCGAGCUACAGAGGACCUCAGCGCAUCAGACGUGCUGUCAGUGGACAAGCAAAUGAAUGCGAGGGGGCAAAGACUCGACGCUGCAUUUGUGCCAUACUUGACGCAGACCCUGAGUGCAUUGAUUUUUGCCUGUCAUGGUCAGUGUGACAUUCAUUGGAUCCUUCUUAGUCCUAUUAUUCCCCUGCAGACAUUGCCAAUUGGGAGUCUCCACAGAGUCCCUGGUCCUGGAUGACAACUUGGAAUGGACCCUUCCCUACUCUUCGCCCCUUCCAUUCUUCCUUCUACGUUCUUACCUCCACAGGCACACUCACAUUAAAGGGGAAAAAAACUUUAGAGUUUGACACAGACAUUCCUCAGAAUCAAAACUAUUGGAGCAAGUUCCAUCAAGCCGAGUGAUUUCAAGAACUCUUCAGUAAAUUCAAUACAGAUACCUGGAGGCUAUCUCCCUUUUGUGUCCUCCUGAGAGCAGCAUGAGGGUUACUUCCACCAUGAGAUACCUGUUAUAGCCAUUGUCCUUGCUUCUGUCAAGCUUGAUUAGACAAACCCUUUGCAUUCACACCUGGUUUUGUUCAGGACCACACUUGACUCUUUCUUUUACAAGAAUGACAUAAGCUUUUAUCAACCUAUAAGGGACAACAAAGACAUUUCUAUGACAAUCUUGGUAAUCAAAAGCGCCACAAGCAGCUAUGUAAAAUAGGAGCAAGGCAUGCUAUUGUGAUAUCUUGCCUUUAAAAAUAUCAAAAUAGGAAAAAAAGGGGAAAGCUUUUGGCCACCAAUGUUAUCGGGCAUAUUAUUGAGCUUUGGUUUAUGAGACUAUUCACAGUUGGUCUGGAAGGCAUUAACACCCUGACACUUUGCAUAUUUUGUUCAUGUCAUUUCUUUCAGCCAUAUUGUAUAAUUUGCGCUCUUUGCAACUGAACUAUGUUGUGCCUUUUCCUCACCACUACUGCUAAACUCUGUUUUACUCUGUAAACCUGUAUGACAACUUUAACUGAACUGAAAAUAUUGAACUAUCCAUAACACUGGGUGACAUGUUCCCUCAUCACGAUGAACAUGGACCCUGUAGUUUAUUUUGAGUCAAUCCCACAUACAUUGUCCUCAGUGGUGAAAAAGGUAUUUCAGUCCUUUACUCAAUUAAAAGUACUAAAAAUACUGGUACAAGUUAAAGUUGCGCAUUAAAAAUGUUACAUAAGUAAAAGUAUGUAAGUAUAACAAUGAAAUGUACUUAAAGUAUUAAAAGUAAAGUACUCAAUGCAGAUGAAUAGCCCCUGUGACUGUUAAAUAUUAUGUCAUUGGAAUAUUAUCCCUCAUGCUUUGAUGUAAAAGCGGAAGUUACCACUAGUAUCAUUGUAGUUGUUGAGGUGGAGCUAAUCUGUAAAAAGAAUUUUAAGACUGCUGACUAUGAUUAUUCUCAUUAUGGAUUCAUUAGCUAAUUAUUUUCUCAAUUGAUUGUUGUUAAGACAAUAUUAAUUAAUUAAUAAAUGUCUAUAUGUGUAAAUACUGUUGGAUAGUUAAUUUGUAACAAAACAUAUUUUAUGA